AGAUGGCUGUCUUAGAGAUCCAGGGUAAUGGGGAGUCAUCGUAUGUUCCUCAAGAGGCUAUAAAUAACGCCAUCCAAUUCUUGGAGGAUCCACUACAGAGAGUGAGUUCCAAUCUGUGCACUUUAACCUUAUGUCUUGAAUUCUCUUCAAAGAUAGGCUGGAGUCAAAACGCUGGCAAAUGUGGAAGGGGAGGAGGCAAAACGCUGCGGUGGGAACGGGGAGGCGGGAGGGGAGAGAUGCUGUUGUGGGUGUUGUGGGAGGGGAGAGAUGCUGUUGUGGGUGUUGUGGGAGGGGAGAGAUGCUGUUGUGGGUGUUGUGGGAGGGGAGAGAUGCUGUUGUGGGGGGGAGGGGAGAUGCUGUUGUGGGGAGGGAGAGAUGCCAAGCUGUGGGGGAGGGAGAGAUGCUGCUGUGGGGGAGGGAGAGAUGCUGCUGUGGGGGAGGGGAGAGAUGCUGUUGUGGGGAGGGAGAGAUGCUGUGGGAGGGAGAGAUGCUGCUGUGGGGGAGGGAGAGAUGCUGUUGUGUGUGUAAGAGGAGAGGGAUGCUGCUGUGGGGAGGGGAGAGAUGCUGUUGUGGGGGGAGGGGAGAGGGAUGCCAGGGAGGGGAGAGAUGCUGUUGUGGGGGGGGAGGGGAGAUGCUGUUGUGGGGGAGGGAGAGAUGCUGUUGUGGGGGGAGGGAGAGAUGCUGCUGUGGGGGGAGGGGAGAGAUGCUGCUGUGGGAGGGGAGAGAUGCUGCUGUGGGGGGAGGAGAGAGGCUGCUGUGGGGGAGGGGAGAUGUGCUGCUGGGGGAGGGAAAGAUGCUGUUGUGGGGGAGGAGAGACAGCUGCUGUGGGGGUGGAGGGGAGAUGCUGUUGUGGGGAGGAGAGAUGCUGUUGUGGGGGAGGGGAGAGGAUGCUGUUGUGGGGGGGAGGGGAGAGAUGCUGCUGUGGGGGAGGGAGAGAUGCUGUGGGGGAGGGAGAUGCUGUUGUGGGGGAGGAGAGAUGCUGUUGUGGGAGGGGAGAUGCUGCUGUGGGGAGGGAGAGAUUGCUGUGGGGAGGAGAUGCUGCUGUGGGGGGAGAGAUGCUGUUGUGGGGGGGAGAUGUGCUGUUGUGUGGGGGGAGGGGAGAGAUGCUGCUGUGUGGGGGAGGGAGUGAUGCUGUGUGGGGGAGGAGUGGAUGCUGUUGCGGGAGGGAGAUGCUGUUGUGGGGAGGGAGAGAUGCUGCUGUGGGGGAGGGGAGUGAUGCUGCUGUGUGUGGGGAGGGGAGCUACGCUGUUGUGUGGGGAGGAGUGAUGCUGUUGUGUGGGGGGGUGCUGCUGCUGAGGAGGCGAGCAGCAGCGCAAAUCCAUUGUGAUGGAUAGAAUGCUAUAUACUAGUUACUUGUAUAAAAUGUUAAAAUUAGUCUUAAAAGACAUUCCCUCAGUGAAGCUGUAGGGGGCACCUUCUUACCUUCAAGGGUUAAACUUAAUGUUUAUGUGAUGAGAAUGUGAAGAGUUGUUUGACAGACCUUUCCUGUACGGAGUGGCAGCUGGGCACCGAGAUUAAACCACUCAAACUGUUUAACCCCUGCAAGUAAAAUUGGCACUAUGCUCCCUUAACAAUUUAGUAAAGAUGAUGUUAUAAUAUUUAAACCUGAUUUGCAAUCCAUGCAUUGUGUGUCGAGAAUCCAGAAUAUGUUGGCACUAUUUCUAUAAUUCUAUUCCCUAUGCAGGAAUUCAUCCAGAAGUGCCUGGAGACUGAUCCCAGUAAGCGCCCCACUGCCCGGGAGCUGCUCUUCCACCAGGCCUUGUUUGAGGUGCCCUCUCUGAAGCUGCUGGCUGCGCACUGCAUUGUGGGUCACCAGCGUAAGUAACUGCCUGUCAUUUUGUUAGUUUGGGAAGACAAUUUUUAUGGCUGGGGUUAAUCAACGAGGUUUGGGUAUGGUUUUGGGGGUUUAUAUAGCGAAGAAGGGUUAAUAAUUCAGUGAGUGUGUAUUAUAGUAUGGGGAGGUUAAUAAUUCAGCGAGUGUGUAUUAUAGUAUGGGGGGGGGUUUAAUAAUUCAGCGAGCCCUUGUUAUAGUUGGGGGGUUAAUAAAUCGUGAGCCCCAUAGUAGCUGGGGGUAAUAAUCACCAAGCCUUUGUUAUAGUUUGGGGGGUUAAUAACCAACGAGCCCCUUGUUAUAGAUGGGGGGUUAAAUCAGCUAACCCUUGUUAUAGGUAGUUGGGGGGUGUUAUAUUAUGGGGGGUUAAUAAUUCAGCCUAUCCCUUGACAUAGUUGGCGGAGGUGGGGGUUAAUAAUUCAGCAAACCCUUGUUAUAGUAUGGGGCGGUUAAUAAUUCAGCGAGCCCUUGUUAUAGUAUUGGUGGGGGGGGGCUAAUAAUUCAGCGAGCCCUUGUUAUAGUAUUGGGGGGGGGGGGGGUUAAUAAUUCAGCGAGCCCUUGUUACUGGACUAUGAAUUUUCUCCUACAGACAUGAUACCAGAGAAUGCUUUGGAGGAAAUGACUAAGAAUCUUGAUAUGACGGCUGUACUGGCAGAGAUCACGCAUGCAGACCGCGAUGGCGUCCGUAUGAUGUAAGAGUGCUUGAUAUUGUGCGGUUAUUAUAAUGUGGGAGUGUCACCAAGCUAGUGCCACCAGAGGAUAUGUAGUUAGGCCAUGGUCUCUCGUGACGCAUGGCCUCCUCCGCCGAUAUCCAGUUCUUCUUCUCAUAGAGGUCAUUGGGGACCUAAUACGCAUGUGCAGCACGUUUUACUUGCAAUGGAAGUGUCCUAGUUGCUUUCAGUGUGACACACUAAAGUAGGACUUAAUCCUGUAAUGUAAACAUUGCACCAAGACCACUUCAGCGAGAUGACAAUAGUGUCACUUUAACCCCUUAAGGACGGCAGGCCCGAUCCGGCCAUACCCCUGGCCAUGUGAUCACAGGCUCCUCGCGAUCACAUGGUUGGAAUAGCCGGCUUAUGCAGGGGCCUGCAAGGGGAGCUCUCAGGCAGUCCCCCUAAUGCCUGCAAAAGAGUUUAUAAAGUUAAUAAAAAGUUUAAUAAAGUAAAUAAAAGUACUUGGAAUAUAUAUAUAUAGAUAUAGAUAUAGAUAGAUAUAUAGAUAUCUAUUUUAUAUACACAUAAAUUAUACACCAGUUUUAAUUUGUUUAAACUGUAUUUUGAUAUAUUAAAUUCAAAAUACAUUUAGAAUGACAUAAAUGUAUGUGUAUAUAUCUAUCUAUAUAUAUAUCUAUCUCUAUGUAUAUAUAAAUAAAAAUAAUAAACAUUAUAUAUACACAUAUCUAUGCACAUAUAUAUUUAAAUUCUACAAAUAUAUUUAUAUAAUAUUUUUACAUAAUUAAGUUAUUUUAUUAAUUACAAUCUGAGGGACCUGCCUGACAACCAAGGAGAUAGUCCAUAAUUUUGCUCGCAAGCCCUAUAUUUAACCCUAUAACUUUCCAGGACACCAUAAAACCUGUACAUGGAGGGUACUGGUUUACUCGGGAGACUUCGCUGAACACAAAUAUUAGUGUUUUAAAAACAGUAAAACCUAUCACAACAAUGAUAUAGUAAGUAAAAAUUCAUUUUUUUGCAUUUUACACACACAAACGGUACUUUCACUGAUGACUGAUGAUAUACAGUGGGACCUCGGUUUACAAACGCCUCGGUUAACAUAAUUUUCGGUUUACAAAGGAAAAUCCAUUGAAAAUAAUGCUUCAGUUUACAAUUUUUUCGCAAUACAAAGCAAGUUUCCCCUGGAUGCAUUGCACGUGGGAGGUUUAUAGCGCCGCCCCCUGCAUGCUGGAGCCUGUGGGUAGCACGUGGCGUCGACUGUGGAAGUGUUGGAGCGGCUUUUGCAUCGAGUUUUGGAGCCAUUCUGGAAAUUGUUUGCAGUUGUUUUGGGACUUUUUGGUGCAUUUCUCAAGCUGUGGAAAGUUAGGGAGCUGAGCUUCGUUGUUUGCAUGCCUUUUACUGUGUGUUCGGCAUUGUGGGUUGGUUUCCAUGUCAGCUCAUUUUGACUUUUUUCUGACCUCCAGAACAGAUUAAUUGGUUUUCAAUGCAUUCCUAUGGGACACCGUGUUUCGGUUUACAAAUAUUUCACAAUAAGAAACGUCCCAGAGAACGCAUUAAAUUCAUUAACCGAGAUCCCACUGUAAUUGCUGUGAUACAUUUUACUAUUUUAAAACACUCCUAUUUGUGUUCAGCGAAUUCUCCAGAGUAUAACCGUACCCUGUGUACAGGUUUUAUGGUGUUUUCAAAAUCUCCUUUUUUUCACGUUGAAACUUGCCGAUUGGUUAUGUUGCCUUUGAGACCGUAUGGUAGCCCAGGAAUGAGAAUUACCCUCAUGAUGGCAUACCAUUUGCAAAAGUAGUGAAUCCAGGGUAUUCAAUAUGGGGUAUGUCCAGUCUUUUUUAGUAGCCACUUAGUCACAAACAAUAGCCAAAAUUAGCAUUCAAUCUAGUUUUUUGCAUUUUUCACAAACAUAUGAACUUUGGCCAGUGUUUGUGACAAAAUGGCCACUAGAAAAGACUGGACAUACCCCAUUUGCAAUACCUUGGGUUGUCUACUAUUGCAAAUGGUAUGCCAUCAUGGGGGUUAUUCUCAUUCCUGGGCUACCAUACGGUCUCUGCAACAUAACUAAUCUGGCAAAUUUCAAUGUGUAUAAACGGAAAAAUGUAACGUGCUAUAUUUGACCCUGUAACUUCCCAAAACCUCAUAAAACCUGUACAUAGGGGGUACUGUUUUACGCAUGAGACAUCGCUGAAUACAAAUAUGUGCAUUUUAUUGCAGUAAAAGCAAACCGUAUUUUGACAUUCACCGUUAAAAUGUAAUGAUGAAUUUAAAAAAUAAAAUUACUUAAUUUCUAAUUUUCUUAAAUAUUUUAUUCAUAUUAAAUUGUUUAAUAUACAAAUAUUUGAUGUGACAUGAAAGCCCUGUUUCCUGAACAAAAUAAUUUAUAAGUGUGGGUGCACAUAAUAUGAAAGAGGUGAAUUACGCCUGAACACCAAAUUCAAGGUUUACAUUUUGUUUUGAUCACAACUUGUACAAAUGGCUCAGUCCUUACGGGGUUAACAGGCAAACUUGCAAUAGCCAAGGCGGUAUUCUGCCUUUAUCCCCAGUGCAGUUACCACAUUGUGUGCUCCGGAUGACAUUAGUCUGCGGGUGCACCCUCGGCUGCUUGUCUCUUUUAUUCCUUCACAAAAUCUCUGUAAAUAAAAAUGUCCAGAAGACAUUCCUAGAUUCGAUAAACAAGGUGGGGAUUUCAUUCUUGUAAUGUGUAAAGAUGUAUCUGCAUCCAGUUUAUACAUUUGGCUUCCUUUCUUUGUUUUUUGUUACAUGAAGCUCUGUACCAAACCAUCCGAAAUGAGGUUAUGGAGCUAUAAAUAUGUUUGUCUUACUUUGUUAACCCUGGCUUCAAGAAGGUGGUUUGACUAUAUAAAAAUAUAUCUAUAUACAGAGUGGGCCAAAAUUCUGAGUAACGUUUGAGAAGUCAAUAACAAAAUGCCAUCUUUUUAGUAAGCUUCAUUUGCCAACUAUAAGUUGGGAUCUUUCAAUUGCAUUGUUCAUAACAUGACUUACACAGCCUUCCUAAACACUUUCUGUAAAGAGUCAGCUAAUGUUUACACUUCCUUUAUGGCAAAUUAUCUUUUAAUAUAGAACUUAUCUCCUGCCCUGUUAAUAUCUUGCUAGACCUUGCAGGAGCCUCCCAUGUAUGAUUAAAGUUCAAUUUACAGGGGCGUGUCCGACUUCCGGCCUGAACGGACGCAUGGAGUAAGAGCUCCGCUCCAUAACGAGUCAUAAAGCACCCUAUAACGCACAAAAAUAUAAAAAAAAAAACAGAAUUCCUAAUCGGAAGGCGAGUAAAGGGGACCGUACCUAUCACGGAGAUGUCUCCUUCGAAACAAACGAAGCUCACAGACCCGUCCAGACAAACAAAGAAGGACCGUCACAAAAUGAUCCAAGAUGGCGCUGGUACAGAGAUUCCCGCCCAGGCCUCAGAAAGCUCGACAGAUCUCGACCAGGUCCCAGACCCUGAACUAGAGGGGAACAUCACUUAAUUAUAUAUCAAGACUAUGCUCCAGGAGCUGAGAUCAACGAUCAGAGAGGACUUUACCACAAUUAUUUCUGGAAUGCACCAAGAAAUUGCGGAGCUGGGAGAUCGCACUGAUCACCUGGAGCAAAAAACGGAGGAACUAUGCUCAGCCCACAACGCGGCGGCCGACAAACUCCAAGCACUGGAAGCUGAUAAUUCGAAGCUAUGACAGACAUGGAGGACAGGUCGCGAAGGAACAAUGUGAGGUUCCGAGAGAUAGCGGAAUCUGUCCUGCCUGAAAAACUCUACAGUUACAUCACUACCAUGUGUGCAGUGCUGGCCCCUACAGUCAGCGGCAAUGCAUGGGAGAUUGAUAGAGUGCACCGACUACCAAAGCCACCGCGCUUAGCUCCAGACAUCCCACACGAUGUUAUCACUAUUUUAAAUCUAAAGAUACCCUCCUCCAAGCGGCGAGGGCAAUGAACAACUUACCGGCCCCAUAUGAAGGUAUAGCAUUGUAUGCAGAUUUAUCUGCCUUAACUAUGGCCCGACGCAGAGACUUCUCUACAAUUACGAAAAUGCUGCGCAAUCACAAGCUGGCUUAUAGAUGGGGAUUCCCCACGAAGCUACUGGUAUGGCGUAAUGGCAAACUACACGUGUUAGCUGAUCCGGAUCACAGACUCACCGUCCUGAAGGAAUGGGGCCUAUGGGAUCCCCAAGGCAUGGCUAAACCUCCAGGGUCCUCCCCACAGUGAAUCCGUCCAGAAUGGAAGAUGGUGGGACAACACAACGCUAGACCGACACAAGGCACCAGUUCCUAAAGAUUAAUUAUGAGGGACUUACACCACUAAGAUGAUGCCCGACUAUUCAUCUAUUGACUUUUCACGAUCACUGACGAAUAGCUGUCUACAGGACUGGUAUUGUUUAUCCAACAGCUUAUUUGAAUACUCUGUACACAUUAUGUUCCCGUCCCCUCUAUUGCUUGGGUACCCAAACAGGUGUAAUAUUGUGCAGAUAAGGGCAGUGACGCCUAGCUGCCAGAUCCCAGUUCCCACCGCUUCCCACCUACCUAAAAUAAUCAUAGGGUGUGUGCACUCCUAAUCACCACGAGACCGACACGUGAGAGGGCAAAAACAACAAUAUCUCUAAUAUGCUACCCACUACCAUCCAUGGGUAGUUUGACAGCCCCAAAAAUUUACAGGGGACACGCUGGGGAAACGGGGUCCAGUUGGCAAGACGCCAAGACUGGUAAAUAUAUGACACUAAGGGCCUGAACCCAGCCCUUCACCCGUCUGGUCUACAGUACUGGGACACGUUAAGUAAUAAACCUUACUGACCAUGAGACUAUAUAGUACAAGGCCAUGCUCAGAAAGUUAGGGCCUACUCAUGACCCCCAUCCUUUAUUGUUAUACAUCGGCAAAGUCUGGCCAAAAAAAAAUAAAAAUAAAUUGAUUGCAAUACCUCCCUGACACCGCGUUCCUACGCAUGAAUGUGCUGAAACGUUACUUGUUAACAUUACUAAGGCUCGGGAGCGAGCUAGCUCCACACGACCCCCCCUACUAGGAUGCUUUCUGGGAGUGCGCUAGACAGCUCCCCAGUACAUCCACGAUUAUACUCUCACUGGAGAGUACUAUGUAUAUACUUUAUUUGUACUGUUCAUAUUUAUGUUUAUACUUUGUUUUUUCUUACCCUUAACCUUCCCAAGUUUUUACUCAUCUCACGACCAAGGCAGCUUGCCAUUGACUAGGUCCCAGGUAACUGACUCUCGUAUAUAUCACACAGAUCUCACCCACUACGGAUACAAUCAUUGGAGUAGGUGUAUAGCAGCCCAUGUCCUAAGGUUACGCGGCCAAAUAACGAUCUAUCACCUCCUAUAGAAUGACACACCAAUUUAAAUGUCUCUCCCUGAACGUCAAUGGCCUGAAUAGCCCAAUGUUCAGCUAUAUUAUAAAGCCUCAAUACUGGCACAGGGCCUAACGGUCCUGGAAGGUACGGCACCUCCCAUCUGGCUGGCACUAGAAAAUGCCUGCAUGACACAAGGAACGGUGGAAGAUGCCCUAUGGGCAUACUCAGACCGGCAGAUAAAGGACGUUAAUAUAUUACCUCCGACAAAACUGAUGCUCCAUAUAUGGAGACAGACGAUCCUCAAAUUGGUUAUAAGCAAAGACCUCCUGUAUGCCGCACCCCUGCAAUCGCUAACACUCCACACAUAUAUUAUCUAUGCCUCGACACAUGGGUACGACAUGGCAUUCUCCAUGUGAGCACCCUGUUCGAUGAUGCGGGAGUGGCACCUUUCCCAACACUACAACAGACCUUCACCCUCCCGUCUAGGGAACUAUUCACAUACCUACGCAUAAAAAAACAUCUUACAUGAUCAUAAACUACAUAGAGGCAGGAAUUCCCCAUCGCCACGAUUUCUCCUUUGAUAACUAAAGGGUAUCAAAGCAUUGUCUUUUUGUUACACCUCACUUAUGAACAUAGUAGACAAGGAAAUUCCUUCAUACAUGAGCUCUUGGGAGAAGGAUCUACAUACACAAAUUAGCCAAGAUACGUGGCGGAGGGCUCUGGGAAGGGUGAAAAAAGCCACAUACAGCCUGGCCCAUAGAGAGGCGUUCUGUAAAUUACUUAUGAGGUGGUAUAUGGUGCCGUCACGCCUAGCGCAUAUUUACCCAAACACGUCCCCCAUGUGCUGGAGAUGCCAUGACAACAAAGGCACACUACUCCAUGUAUUUUGGACAUGUCCGAAAAUAGGUAAAUUCUGGGACGCAAUAGAACAGUUUCUCUUAAAGGAGCUGAAGGUUAGAGUACCAAAAUCCCCAGAAUGCUACCUACUCCACAUCUUCCCCCAUUCACCCAGGGAGGACGAACUACACAUACUCACUCACUGUCUCAUUGCAGCCAAAAUAGCAAUAGCACACAGAUGGAAACAACCGCAAAGCCCAAAACGGAAGUCCUCACACGUCUCGACACAACGUGCAACUUUGAACGAAUGGCCAGCCGCCUCCGAAGCAUACAUAUACUAGGCAUUGGCAAUGCUGGGUUCAGUUUAGAGGCCAACAGGGCUAAUGACCAACCCUAUGAUCCAUCAGGACCCUGGAGGAACUACACCAUAACGCUACCUUACCUCACCUACACCAACCCCACACUACCAACAACCCUUUAGUGCAGGAGUCAACUUCAAAAACAGGCCAGACAAUGAGGCAGUUAGAACCCUAGGUGCAACGGUUGUAGUAAAAGGCCCCAUGGACAUCGACAGGAUUGGUAACCUACCAUGAUAUGCCACAGAACCAUAUUAGCAGGGUUUCGGGUAUUUGACCAGCGACGGGUCCUUAGACCAACAAAUGUACCCUUUUAUAACAAAUUGACACAGGAUGAAUAUGUUAGUAUGAAGUCAUGCUAUCCGAUCCUAAAUCACCAUAGCUUAGGCCUACUCGCAAUGUAUCCCUAACCCACACUGUUCAUGCACUGCGUUAAUGUACAUGUAAUAUUUGUAUUUAAUAUUUGUAUUGUAUAUUUGAUCUGCGCUGUCAAGUAGCCUGUUUGGCUCUAUACAAUGUCUGCAUCCCCCUCCCCUUUUGCUUUCUGUACCCCCCCCACCCCCAUCCCUGUUUUUCUCUGAGUUGAUGAAUAUGAAAAAGCUCAAUAAAAAUUUAAGACACUGAAAAAAAAAAGUUCAAUUUACAGAGCAGGAGGUAAAAACUUUUAAAGUACGUUAUAUCUGAUUGAAAAUGAAAAUUUUUUUUUCAUGCAGGCUGUGUCAGUCCCAACCAGGGGAGGUGUGGCUAGGGCUGCAUAAACAAACAAAGUGAUUUAACUCCUAAAAAGCAGAGAAUUGUACAUUAUGCUAACGUAGUGUACCUAUAAUCUUAAUUUUAAUAAUGACAGGAGGCUUCAUAUUUUGCAUAACUUUCUUUACUUUAUUCCUCCAGCAGCACAAGUCAAUUAUAAAACUUUAAAGGACCACUCUAGGCACCCAGACCACUUCAGCUUAAUGAAGUGGUCUGGGUGCCAGGUCCUUCUAGGGUUAACCCAUUUUUUCAUAAUUAUAGCAGUUUCAGAGAAACUGCUAUAAUUAUGAAUGGGUUAAGCCUUCCCCCUAAUCCUCUAGUGGCUGUCUCAUUGACAGCCACUAGAGGCGCUUGCGUGCUUCUCACUGUGAAAAUCACAGUGAGAGCACGCUAGCGUCCAUAGGAAAGCAUUGUAAAUGCUUUCCUAUGCGACGGGCUGAAUGCGCGCGCAGCUCUUGCCGCGCGUGCGCAUUCAGCCGGCGGGGCGUAACGGAGGCGGAGAGGAGGAGGAGAGCUCUCCGCCCAGCGCUGGAAAAAGGUAAGUUUUUACCCCUUUCCCCUUCCAGAGCCGGGCGGGAGGGGGUCCCUGAGGGUGGGGGCACCCUCAGGGCACUAUAGUGCCAGGAAAACGAGUAUGUUUUCCUGGCACUAUAGUGGUCCUUUAACCAAUCAAAAACAAGUAAUACAUUCCAUAUAAAGCCCUGACAGGCAUAGCUCCCUCCUCUUUGAUGCGAAAACAGUCUACAAUAACAUCCCUAACCAUAACGAAAAUCUUGAAUAACUUUGGUAUCCAUAACUCGAGCUGAAGAGUGAAGUAGUCCGAUCCUGAGGCCAGCAACGAAGCUUACACUGAAAAGAACAGAAAUAAGUGAAAAGUGGUGGGAAUGAACUGUUGUCCACAUAUUAACCCUAAUUUAAUCAAACAAUAUGUGAACAUUUCUAAUAAACAUAUUCGUAUAUCAUGAAUCCAUACAUCACAUUGAAGGAUUAAGCAGUAAUACAUUUUAUCUACUAUAUGUAACAUGACGAGUUAUAGGGGGGGAAACCCUGGGAGGGAAAAUACUCGCCUCAUGUCAUUAUUAAUAUUAUAGGUACACUACGUUGGCAUAAUCUACAAUUUUACUACAUGACAGGAGGCUUCCUAUUUUGCAUUUUUAACGCUGUGGUAAAAAAGUAAAGGACGUGUGCAAAGUCUGACGGAAAUAAAACCUCUAAAAGUAUCUUCCCGCAUCCAGUCUGCCGCAAAGAGAAUAUCGGCCAGGGAUGCCCCCGCCGUGAAAUCCCAAGAUGCAACCGCGCCCCGUACUGAGUGAGCGCUGAAAUACAGCUCCAUGUCGGCAAAAAAAAAAAAAGCAAACAUACCCAGUCCAUACAAACCAUACUGGUUUGUAUGGACUGUUAUAAGAAACGAGAAGUUGACCAGAUUGCGAAUAUCGAAGGGUUUUGGUAACCUCCACGUACCUUACCAAUGCAAAGGCUUACCAACACACACAGACGGGAAAAAUGGGUAAUACAUGGAUGCAGAGUUAGUCUUGGUUCCGCAUGAUACUGUAAAGGAAACUCUAUCCGGAGAUACCAAGAACCCGUCCACUUUGAACGUUGGAGACUCGUUGAAAAGAAACAAGGCAUAAAAGUAGUGUGAGUUUGGCAGAGCGCUUUUGGAAUGAAAGGUCUGAAUUAUCCGGCCAAUUUCGCAGGAAAGUAAGAACUAAAUCUACGUCCCAUAACAGAGUAUACUUCGGACAUGGUGAUCUAGACAGUUUGAUACCUCGCAGUAAGCAGCAUAUCAAGGGGUCCUUGUGACGAGAGCAAUCUCGCCACAUUGCAUUGGAGAAGCCUGGUUGCUCGCCUGUUGCCUUUAGAUUAUGGCCCCAUGUUAAAAGGCUUGAUUUUCCCUUGCAAAGACAAGAAAGCCGGGUCAUUUGGUGCUUGCCCUGUUUGAGCCGUGAUACCCCAGAUAGCUAUGCCAUGGAGCCCAUUCGUAUAAUGAAAGAUUUUGGCUCCAUGGCAAUUGAACUGUAUGUGUGUGCUCUGAGCGCCAUUCAGUAAUAAUGUGCGCUCAGACCUAAGCUAUCUGGGCAUAUGUUGCAUGUCUGUAUUUUAUGUCAUAAAUGUAACAUUGUGUAUUUUAUUGUAUUUUACUGUCUUUUUGCUGCCAUGUGUUCAGUGGAGUUUUGCCUCUGUCUUUGGAGAUAAUUGGAUUACUUCUAAUUAUCUCCAGGAUAGAAGACUCUGUGGAACUGGUUUUGGGCAGAAAAGCCAUGCUUCCUGUGGUCACAAAGGACUACAAUCUAUCUUUUGAACCACUGGACCAAUUUGUAUGAUUUUGACGUAUGUUUGUAUUUGGAGUGUGCUGAAAAUGUAAGUUUUAUGUGAAUGUGAUGCAUACUUUUCAAGUUAUGAAUAAUGUGGAAAAAUUGUAUUUCUCUGCUUGUGCUAAAUUACAUUAACCAUUGUGUACGAUAAUUGAAUCACAUGCAGAGGGGAGGAAUUUGUGUGGGAGUGUCUGAGUGUAUUGUAUGUGUUUAUUGGUUGUGUUCCAAAACCCUGUGGGUGGUACUAAUGUGUACAUAAGCACAAUAAACCCACAGCUCUGGCUGUUCACUGCUUGACCCUCAACACGGAGCUUUGUCUCGUUCUUGGGGGGAUUUAUUGUAUGCUGUUCCAGUUUGACUGCUAGGAGUGUAAACCUAUUCGUAUGGUUUUUCCUAUUCGGCUGUUUACAGCAUUCAUAUGGUUUCCUGUUCGGCGGAUUGGUGUUCUGCAGUAGCUGUGCCUGUGUCUCUGGAAAGAGGGACGAUCGCCUAAACGGUUUUUACCCCUUGUGAGCAAAACAGUCCGUUACAGUCCUGUCCGACAGGGAUGCCCCAAAGUGGUACGUGAGCCGCCGAAAUCGCUGACCGAAUCACAAAAAUGGAGUGGUAAGAACGACCCGAUGAAAAAAGGGGAGUUAGAAAAUUUAAUACCACGGUGAUAGGUGAUGUAAAGGGAUUAUAGUCACUCUUCAUAGAUCCCGGUGCUGUCUCGCCAGUGGUGAGAGAACUAGUCCGCCGUGAGGUUGCUGAUCCCUGGGAGACACUCCGCUCUGAUCGUGAUGUUGUGGGGAAGACAGAAUCGAUAAAUGUCUCUUGUCACCACCAUCAGGGCACGUGAUCUGGCUCGCCCAGGCGGUUUAUGUAUUGAACCACUGAGAUAUUGUCCAUGCGUAAGAGGAUACAGCAAUUGGACAUGUUCUUGGCUAGACUGCGGAUAGCCAAUGAUCCCACGAUCAAUUCCAGGCAGUUUAUAUGAAGGAGACAUGUGCGCAAUAUGCUCACCAACCCCAAAGGCUGGCGUCCGCCUCCACUAUGAAAUCUGGAGUUGAUCUGAAGAUGGGUCUGCCGUUCCUGGCUUCCAUGUGUAGUAGCCACCAAAGCAGCUUUGUUCAUAUCCUCUGCCAAGACCGGUAUCCAGUGGUCGUAUGAGUGUCCGGAUUGCAGUUAAUGGGCCUUCAGCCGCUGAAUGGCCCGGUAGUGCGACAGGACCGGGAAGAUCACUUAGAUGGAAGAAGACAGCAGUCCCACUACUCUGGCAAGGAGUCGAAGAGGGUUGUUGUCUUUCUGAAGUACAGUAUCUCCUUUUGAAUUGCGGCUAUUUUUGAAGUGGGGAAUCGUAGCACGCAUGUUCUCGAGUCUAUUUCGAAUCCGAGGAAUUGGAUUACUCGGGAUGGAGAUAAUGCCGAUUUCUGUCUGAUAACUACAGAUCCCAGAUAUUCGAGAAACCGAACUAUAAAUCUCGUUUGAAAUCGGUCUAGAUGCGGGUUCGCAGAAUAUCAGCAUGUCUUCCAAAUAGAUGAGACAGCGGGUUCCCUUUGCUCGUAGGUGCGACAUGACCAGCCUCAGAAGUUUUGUUAAGCACCGUGGGACAGGCCUGAGACCGAAUGGCAGGCACAUGAAUUGGCAUGGUCGGUCCUGCCAAAUGAAGCAAAGGAAUGGGCGGCUCCUUAGUGCUAUGGAGACGGACAGGUACACGUCCUUCAAGUCCAAAUGCAUGAACCAGUAAUUUGCAAGGAGGAGAUCUCGUAAGAGAUGGAUACCUUCCAUCGUGAAGUGUCGAUAUGCCACAGAACCAUUGAGUUGAUGACGGGUUGGUAGUCUCAUGUAGUAAAAUUUGAGCUGUGAGACUGCAGGGACAUGAUCUAUACAUUAUAACUGUUUCAUUAUGAUAAAGUUGUUUUGGUGACUGUAGUGUCCAUUUAAUGUUUGUAUCUCUAGCACUCUUUUAGCUGCUCAAGUGUAGGCGAUUUGUUCACGUACAUCGGUUAAACCAGUUAUCCUCACAGGAAGUAAUUGGUAGCUGAUAGGGCGAACGUGGCUGACUAAUAAUCUGGGAAUUUCUGGGAAAUUAUUUGUUCACAGAACAGUUGUCCUAGAAGGUCCAUUGUGGCCCUGGCUGUAUUUAUUUUUUUAACUAUUCAAUUAUUUUAUUUUCUCCUUCAGGUUUCCCCCACCCCAUGAAUAAAUUGUAAGCUUUUGGGGGGUAGGCUGCCUUCUCCUGUUGUCUGUGUUAGUAUCUUGUUUGUGAACUACUUAUCAGUUACCCAUUCCAUCGCUAUAGAAAAUCAGUUACUAAUAGGACUAACGGGACAAGGUGUGUGUCUAUGUCUGUGUUUUUGGUUGAUGGGGCUAGAAGAACGCGACAUUGACACACACACACAAUGGUUUCACAUGUUGUCACAGCCAUGUGUCUGCAAUUUUUAUAAUUAAACUAUUAAUUAACUAAAAUCCAGAGAGAGCACGAGGCAUGUGAACUAAAUUGGGUAUUUGUUUUGUCUCCUUUUUAGAUUCUCUCAGUCUCCUGCUCUAGAACUAGACAAGUUUCUAGAAGAUGUCAGGUAAGUAAGUCUGCAUGCCAGUAGUGUACAGUGUGUGUGUAGUAAAGGGGGCUGGCGCCCAGAAUCCGUGCUGGGGAUGGUGCUGGUGCUGGUGCCCAGAAACUGUGCUGGGGGCUGUGCCCAGAAACUGUGCUGGGGGGGUGUGCCCUGAAACUGUGUUAGAGGGGGCAGAAAAUUGUGUGGGGGGAGGGGGAGCAGAAACUGCUGUGGGGGGCGUGGUGUGCAGAAACUGUUCUGGAAAAGAGUGGGGGGGAGUUUCCUGGUUUGGUCUAAUACAUACCAACUUUUGCAGCCAUUCUUAUUUGUUCCAGAAACAGUAUUUACCCGCUCACAGCAUUUGGGAUUCCAAGGCCUCAGCAGCCGCAGCAGGAGGUGGUUAAGUCACCUGUGGUCCCACCUUCUGUGAAGACACCAACACCCGAACCUGCCGAGGUGGAAACCCGCAAGGUUAGCCGGUCUGCUGCUAUUUUCAUCCCUCAAACAAAGAUUGGAGUGGGCCAUUCUCAAUCCACUAUCCCAUUUUAGACAUCGACUGAUGAUGUGCAAUAUCUCCAUAUCCAGUGACUGUAUAAAUGGCCGCUGUGUCUCACUGCCCCUCACUCUCCCUCCUUUUAAUGACUGUAUAAAAGACUAUUGUGUGAUCUUUUUGACAGUUUGUGUUUGUUUCAGGCCGUACAGAUGCAAUGUAAUAUAGAGUCUGUCGAGGAAGGCGCCAAGCACCAUGUAAGCACCACCUUUUGAUAUGUUUGCCAUAAAGUUGUUGUCUUUUUGUAUUGACUUAUUGGGCUCCAAUGUUACUCUUUUAUGGGUGGGGGGAGGGUAUUGAUCUGAUGGACUGUAGUAAGCAUGGGGGGCGGGGGGUUAUUAAUCGGAUGGGCUGUAGUAAGCACAGUGGGGGGUAUUGAUCUGAUGGGCUGUAGUAAGCACAGUGGGGGCUGUAGUAAGUACAGAGGGGGGGUAUUGAUCUUACGCUGUAGUAAGUACAGUGGGGGGUAUUGAUCUGAUGGGCUGUAGUAAGCAUACAGUGGGGGUAUUGAUCUGAUGGGCUGUAGUAUACAGUAAAGUACGGGUAUUGAUCUGAUGGCUGUAGUAGCACAGAAGUGGGGCACGGGUAUUGAUCUGAUGGGCUGUAGUAAAGCACAGGGGUAUUGACCCUGAUGGGCUGUAGAAAGCAACAGUGGGGGUAUUGAUCUGAUGGGUAGUAGGCACAGUGGGCUUAUUGAUCUGAUGGUAGUAAGCACAGUGGGGGGGUAUUGAUCUGAUGGGCAGUAGUAAGCACAGUGGGGCUUAUUGAUCUGAUGGGCAGUAGUAAGCACAGUGGGGUUUAUUGAUCUGAUGGGCAGUAGUAAGCACAGUGGGGCUUAUUGAUCUGAUGGGCAGUAGUAAGCACAGUGGGGCUUAUUGAUCUGAUGGGCAGUAGUAAGCACAGUGGGGCUUAUUGAUCUGAUGGGCAGUAGUAAGCACAGUGGGGCUUAUUGAUCUGAUGGGCAGUAGUAAGCACAGUGGGGCUUAUUGAUCUGAUGGGCAGUAGUAAGCACAGUGGGGCUUAUUGAUCUGAUGGGCUGUAGUAAGCACAGUAGUGGCACGGGGUAUUGAUCUGAUGGGCUGUAGUAAGCACAGUGUGAGGGGGAGGGUAUUGAUCUGAUGGUCUGAAGUAAGCACAGUGGGGGCACGAGGUAUUGAUCUGAUGGGCUGUAGUAAGCACAAUGGAGGAGGGGACGGUGCGUAUUGAUCUGAUGGGCUGUAGUAAGCACAGUUGGGGAGGGGAGGGGGCGUAUUGAUCUGAUGGGCUGUAGUAAGCACAGUGGGGGGGGAUAUUGAUCUGAUGGGCUGUAGUAAGCACAGUGGGGGAGGGGAGGGGGCGUAUUGAUCUGAUGGGUCAGAAAACCUUUAUAGCAACCUACUUUUUCCAAACGUCCAAGCAGCAGUGAAAACAAAUGGGAUGUAGUUGCCCAUUUCUUACAGGACAGGUAGCAUUGAAAAGGUUAAAAAACAAAACUGCAGUCCCCACCGCAGUCUCCAUGUUCUAAUCACGCAUUCUUUCUCCACAGCUCACUUUGUUACUAAAGCUAGAAGAUAAAUUGAACAGACAUUUAAGCUGUGACCUCCUUCCCAGUGAGUAGCUUCUUUCAAAUGACUCAGUAUGUUUCAUUAGUGUUUCAAGGAACACUUGCUGACUUCUGUACGGUCCGUGCUAGGGAUAGCAAUGUUUGUCCUGCUUACUUACAGUCUUGUCCAUGCUAGGGAUAGCAAUGUUUGUGCUGCUUGCUGACCCGUCUUGUCCAUGUUAGGGAUAGCUGACUUCCUGUACGGUCCGUGUUAGGGAUAGCAGUGUUUGUCCUGCUUGCUGUCCCGUCUUGUCUGUGCUAGGGAUAGCAAUGUUUGUCCUGCUUGUUGACCAGUCUAGUCUGUGCUAGGGAUAGCAAUGUUUGUCCUGCUUGCUGACCCGUCUUGUCUGUGCUAGGGAUAGCAAUGUUUGUCCUGCUUGCUGACCCGUCUUGUCUGUGCUAGGGAUAGCAAUGUUUGUCCUGCUUGUUGACCAGUCUAGUCUGUGCUAGGGAUAGCAAUGUUUGUCCUGCUUGCUGACCCGUCUUGUCUCUGCUAGGGAUAGCAAUGUUUGUCCUGCUUGCUGACCCGUCUUGUCUGUGCUAGGGAUAGCAAUGUUUGUCCUGCUUGCUGACCCGUCUUGUCUGUGCUAGGGAUAGCAAUGUUUGUCCUGCUUGUUGACCAGUCUAGUCUGUGCUAGGGAUAGCAAUGUUUGUACUGCUUGCUGACCCGUCUUGUCUGUGCUAGGGAUAGCAAUGUUUGUCCUGCUUGUUGACCAGUCUAGUCUGUGCUAGGGAUAGCAAUGUCUGUUGUCCUGCUUGCUGACCCGUCUUGUCUGUGCUAGGGAUAGCAAUGUUUGUCCUGCUUGCUGACCCGUCUUGUCUGUGCUAGGGAUAGCAAUGUUUGUCCUGCUUGCUGACCCGUCUUGUCUGUGCUAGGGAUAGCAAUGUUUGUCCUGCUUGCUGACCCGUUUAGUCCGUGCUAGGGAUAGCAAUGUUUGUCCUGCUUGUUGACUCGUCUUGUCCAUGCUAGGGAUAGCAAUGUUUGUCCUGCUUGUUGACUCGUCUUGUCCAUGCUAGGGAUAGCAAUGUUUGUCCUGCUUGCUGACCCGUUUAGUCCGUGCUAGGGAUAGCAAUGUUUGUCCUGCUUGUUGACUCGUCUUGUCCAUGCUAGGGAUAGCAAUGUUUGUCCUGCUUGUUGACUCGUCUUGUCCAUGCUAGGGAUAGCAAUGUUUGUCCUGCUUGUUGACUCGUCUUGUCCAUGCUAGGGAUAGCAAUGUUUGUCCUGCUUGUUGACUCGUCUUGUCCAUGCUAGGGAUAGCAAUGUUUGUCCUGCUUGUUGACUCGUCUUGUCCAUGCUAGAGAUAGCAAUGUUUGUCCUGCUUGUUGACUCGUCUUGUCCAUGCUAGGGAUAGCAAUGUUUGUCCUGCUUGUUGACUCGUCUUGUCCAUGCUAGGUUAGGGUCGCUGUAUUGAUAAGAUGUGUUCUGUUUCAUAGAUGAGAACAUUCCGGAGCUGGCCGCAGAGCUUGUCCAGUUGGGAUUUGUUAGUGAGGUAGGUACACUUUGCAUGUGACUGCAGGUUUGUUGGUUUGUUUUGGUGUUGGCUGGGUUGGAGCUAUCUGGGUAAAGCUGUGCUUGACUGCUGUGUGAAGAGCUUGAUUGCUGGCUGGAGGUCCAUGUUGUCACUCACUAAUCUUCCCUCUCUCCCUACAGGCUGACCAGAAUAGACUUGCAUCUUUACUUGAAGACGCUUUUAGCAAAUUUUACUUUGCUCGCAACGGUAACAUGACAGCUGUGACGGUUUCAUCAUAGCCAUGUCUUUCUGGCAGCAACACCAGUGAGGACAUCGCCGCGUUAAAGUCUGGACUUCCAUAAUCCUUCUCUGCAGCGGUGCGGAGGUCCUGAAUAGUCACAUCUUGGGAUGUAAAUAGUGUCCAGCUGCCGGGGGUUCAUGCCCAGCGCAGAACGAUUUUCUGAUCUAUAUUCACAUGGUAGUCUGCUUCUGCUGCUCCGCUGAGUGUUAUCCUGCGUUCCGGCUGUGGGUGGAGCCUUUUCUUUCUCCUGGUCUGUCUCAUGCCAGGGCCAUUGUGUGGCAUUGAAUGUGGGUGAGGCUUGUCCUGUUACCCUGUUUACACAAAGAACGCAUUCUGCAUAUGACACACAUGGUUAUCCAAACUCAUUUAUUCAUUCAUAAUGUGAAGAGAACUUUGAAUUAAUGCAUUAAACUGCCACCUAAUGGGUACUGGAAAUGCUGAGAUUCAUGCAUUAGUAACCCCAGGCUCAUUCAGCUCUUGGUUUACUAUAUUAUAUAAUAUUGGCGUAUUCAGAACUCAGCUGAUCAGAGGGUGGGUGAAAUCGUCGUGCAAGGGGUGGGUUUAUUACUGCUGUCUUUAUCACAGGCCUCUCCCUUGUUUGGAAUAUGCUCCUUUAACUCUCUCCCUGCCACUCAAACUACAGUAAUAAUGCUGUACGGAGCUAGAACUCAAUCCGCAUGGCGUGGCGCUGUUCGUGUGCGUUUAGCUGUCUUUCCAGUGCUCUGCGUUACAGGCAUUUGUAUUGCAGUGGAGGAACAUAGUGAGCAAGGUAGCUAUAUCUGUAUUGUUUACACUAGAACUCUACAGCGUCAUAACUAACUACUUGCAUAUCUCAAUAUGCAUCCGAGACAACACUGUCAGAAAUAUCCGCAGGUUCCCCUAAACAUUGCUUCAUUCUCCCCAUUUUGUUGCAGGAAGGGAGGAAUCAUACAAGCAUUCUUAUAUCCUCUUAUCUGGUCCCAUCAGAUCAUGAUGGGGGCGGCAGCUUUAGUGUAGCUUUAUGCUGAUACAAGAGGGAAUCCUAGUGGAGGGCUGAGCUUUGAUACUUGCACGUUGUUUGGGCCCUAGGAGGUGUCUGAAGUCUGUAGUAGUCUGAGGUAGGCAGAUCCUGUUUUUAAAGCGGCUGUAAAUUGCUUACUGUACUCCAAAACAUUCAUUGUAAGCAUUGCUUCUUGGAAGAAAUCAAAAUCAAUGUCAGAAAAGCUUCAUUUUAGAGCAGGAGAUUAAUCAUCGUGGUAAGAGGCGCCUGUCUAUUGGCAGUAGUAUAAAAGUUAUGUGGGAGGAGUUCCUUUUUGGAUUAAAUGGUAGGAACUGCAUGUAGGUCAAAUGAUAGGAGCUGUGUGUAACCUCUUGUGACUGUGUGCAGUUGCAGUGUGACUAACCAUGGGGUAGGUAAGGGGUAGGCAACAUUUGGCACUUCAGAUGUUGUGGACUACAUAUUCCAUAAUGCUGGCAAAGCAUCAAGGGAGAUGUAGUAUACAACUUCUGGAGUGCCAAAGUAUAACUCCCUGGGAUGGGAACUGUGUGUGUAUAAUGGGAGGAGAAGGAACUGUGUGUAUAAUGAGAGGAGCAGAUGACACCGUGGGGUAGGAGCUGCAUUUAUAAUGGUAGGAGAGUAUAACCCUGUGGGGUGGCCACUGCGUUUGUAAUGAGAAGAGUAUAAAGCUAUGGGGUGGGAGCUGCGUGUGUAAUGGGAGGAGAGUAUAAAGCUAUGGGGUGGGAGCUGCGUGUGUAAUGGGAGGAGAGUAUAAAGCUAUGGGGUGGGAGCUGCGUGUGUAAUGGGAGGAGAGUAUAAACCUAUGGGGUGGGAGCUGCGUGUGUAAUGGGAGGAGAGUAUAAACCUAUGGGGUGGGAGCUGCGUGUGUAAUGGGAGGAGAGUAUAAACCUAUGGGGUGGAAGCUGUGUGUGUAUAAUGGGAGGAGAGUAUAAACCUAUGGGGUGGAAGUUGUGUGUGUAUAAUGGGAGGAGAGUAUGACCCUGUGGGGUGGGAGCUGCGUGUGUAAUGGGAGCAAAGUAUACCUGUGGGGUGGGAGCUGAUAUAAUGGUAGGAGAUUAUAGCCCACACUAUAAUAGCUGCAUAUUGUGGGAGGAUAGAAGUUGCAGUUCACAUUUGCAGUAGGUGUCUUGGAGGUGCAGCAUUGUUGACGUGUAGUGGCUGCAUUUCUUGGAAGAAGAAAUAACAGGUGGUUGUGGUGUUAGGCAGAGGUUCCAGCUAGUUUGGGUAGGAGUGUUCUCGAUAACCAAGAACCUCCUGCCCUGCCUGAUUCUCCUGUAGUGACCUUGUUGAGCUGUCCCUCGGUUCUGGCAUUGCAGAGCAGCAAGCUCUCUUGUGUUUACAUGGACUCUCUAAAAACCAUUAUUACAGUUUAUUAUACGGCUUAUGGUGCAAGAAACAUAUCGGUGCAGUCACUGGGUUUGGGGUUUUUUUUGUUGGUAAUUUCACCUUUGCUUUAUCUAGCCACUUGUGUCUAAAUUAGGACAGAAAUGAUUCUGUGAUUAUGUGAGUACGGGGCGGAAACUCCUCCAGCUCUUGCUGCUGUCCAAAGCUGAGCACCAUUUUCUAUGAAGCUUUUUGAUAAAGACCGAGUGGCCCAUACACAGUACAGUAAUGGUAAGGUGGGCUAUAAAUGGCUGGUUUAUCCCUUCCAUUGGUCCGGGGGUGUCAUGCGGAUGGCCUGAGCACACUUCGCUGUGUGUAAUUAUCUCCUUCAUGUAACCUGCAGGAUGGGAAGAGGGGGAUCUUCUGCCUAUUUUAUCGCUGUACGCUUUGCACAAUAUUAAAGUCUGAAAAUCACCUGUAUGUCCAUGUUGUCCAUUUUUAUUUGCAACUAUUUUUAGUUUUUCUUUUUUCUGUAAAUAAAACUUGGUUUGUUGUAUUUAAA